AUGAGUAUUAUCAGCUGGAAUUUCCGUGGGCUUGGGAACCCAUGGGCUGUUCAAUUCUUAAAGGACUUAGUUGUCCAAAAGCGACCCAAGUAUGUUUUUCUUUGUGAAACUUUGUGUAGUAAAGAGAAAGUGGAGCAUGUGCGAAGGUUGUUGCACUUUGAAGGAUCUUUUUCUAUUGAUUCUCAAGGUCGGAGUGGCGGGAUAGCAUUACUCUGUAAGGUUCAAGAAGAGGUGACUUUGGUGCGCUUCUCUCAUAAUCACAUUGAUGUUCGAAUUCAUAUAGAGGGCUCACAAGAUUAUCGUUUAACAGGAUUGUAUGGGGAGCCAAAAAGAUCGUUAAGAAAGAACACUUGGGAUUUAAUUAAGCAACUUAAGGAGGAGUCAAUGUUACCUUGGUGCAUUAUAGGUGAUUUGAAUAAUGUAUUGAGCAUGGAUGAUAAAAGAGGAGGAAGACCAUAUCCAAAUUGGUUGAUUCAUGGCUUUCAGGAGGUUGUUGAUGAGUGUGGUUUGCUGGAUUUAGAGCUAGAAGGAAAUCGGUUUACUUGGGAAAAGGGGCAGGGGACUGAGCAAAUGGUAGAGGUGCGACUUGAUCGGGCGUUAGUGUCUCAAAGCUGGUAUGAGAUGUUUAAUAUGGCCAAAUUAUUUAAUUUGGAUAUUUCUACAUCUGACCAUACUCCAUUGUUGUUGGACCUAAGCUUUAAGUUGUUUGUACAUGCUGAAAAAAGGUUCAAGUUUGAAAAUGCAUGGUUGCGUGAACCUAUGUGUAAGCAAUUGGUGAAGGAGAGUUGGGAAGCUUGCCAUAAUAGUGACAUUGGAGUUAAAUUAAAGCACUGUAGUGGUGUUUUAUGGGAAUGGGGAAAGGCCUAUACUGGGUGUUUUAAAGAAAGAAUUGGUAAGUGUAAGAAAGUGCUAAAAAAGUACAAGUCGAGACGUGAUGAUGAGGCUGUGAGAAGAUAUAAGGAAGCUCAGAAGGAUUUGCAUGAAGUGUACUCUCAACGGGAGGUUUUUUGGAGACAACGGUCUAAGCAGUUAUGGUUAAAAGCUGGUGAUCAGAAUAGCAAGUAUUUCCAUGCUGCGGCGAGUACAAGAAGAAGAAAUAAUCAGAUUCAUAGCUUGUUACGAGAUGAUGGUGUGUGUGUGGAAUGGGAAAAUGGUCUCUCAGAGGUGAAGGAAGCGUUGUUUCAGAUGAAUCCUGAUAAGUCUCCAGGACCUGAUGGAAUGAGUCCCGGUUUUUAUCAAAGAUGUUGGGAUAUUGUGGGUCGGGAUGUGGUGGAUUUGGUUUUGUCCAAUCGGUUGAAGAAUGUGUUAGCUCAUAUUAUUUCAGAUGCGCAAAGUGCUUUUAUACCAGGUCGCCUUAUUACAGAUAAUAUUAUGGUUUCUUUUGAGGUGAUGCAUUAUUUGAAGAAGAAGCGUAGUGGAAAAGAUGGGUGUAUGGCUCUGAAAUUAGAUAUGAGUAAGUGUGUUGUCACUGUGAGGUACAUGGUUGUGCAUGGUUCAAAAGAAAUAGGGCCUAUUGUUCCUGGUAGAGAAGCUGGUGAAGAUUGUAUGUAUUUGGGUCUGCCAAAUAUCAUAGGGAGAAAUAAAACAGUGGUUUUGGGUUUUUUGAAGGAUCGAAUUAGGAAAAGAAUUCAAGGGUGGGAUGCUAAGCUACUUUCACGAGCUGGUAAGGAGAUUCUUUUGAAAACAGUUGCUCAAAGCUUGUCAAAUUAUGCUAUGAGUGUUUUUUUGUUACCAGUUUCAGUUUGUAGUGAGAUGGAGAGAUUGAUGAAUAAAUUUUGGUGGAAGUCUUCUUCAAGUGAUGGAUCAAAAGGGAUCCAAUGGAUGAGUUGGAAUCGAUUGAGUUCUCAUAAGAAUAAAGGUGGCAUGGGAUUUAGACACUUGAGGGACUUUAACAUUGCUUUACUUGGAAAACAAGCUUGGAGGCUCAUAACUAAUCCAGAUUCCUUAGUAGGUAGAGUUUACAAAGCACGAUACUAUCCACAAGGGUCUUUCUUGGAAGCGGAGUUGGGUAGUAAUCCUAGUUUUGUUUGGCGUUGUAUUUUGGAAUCUAAGGCUAUGAUGGGAGGAGGUUUGAGGCGUCGGGUAGGGUCUGGAGUGGCAGUGAGUGUGUUGCGGGAUCCUUGGUUACCAAAUGAGUAUAAUCAAAGAGUGAGUUCUAACCAUCCUGCUUUGGUGGAUAUAAUGGUGUCUAGUCUUAUGAUACCAGGACAAAUCACAUGGGAUGAGGAUUUGGAUGAUACAUGGGCUUGGGGGAGAGAAAAGUAUGGGCACUACACAGUUACAAGUGCUUAUAGACUACUUCAAGAAGGGAAGGAAGAUCAUUCCAUGGCUGAUAAUUCUGGGUUUUGGAAAAAACUGUGGCAGUUGAAAGUGCCUCCAAAGGUUAAAGAUUUCCUAUGGAGGGCAGUGUCAAGUAGUUUGCCAACAAAGUUUCAGUUGAGAAUUAAAAAGGUGGAAGUUGGCGCUUGUUGUCCAUGGUGUCUUAUAGCACCUGAAACUACUUAUCAUGUGUUAGUUGAGUGUGCUUUUGUGCAAGAGAUUUGGAGUAGUUCUGGUGUCGUCAUGUCAGGAGGACAUAAUUCUAGUUUUGGAGCUUGGUUACAUGAUAUUUUUCAAAGAUAUGGUAAGGAGAAACGUGUUGAAAUUGCCAUGCUUUGUUGGUCAAUUUGGGGAAGCCGAAAUGCUCUAAUUUGGAAGCAAAAAAAUGCUUCAGUUCAGCAAAUCAAAAUGACAGCAGCUGUCACACUUGAACAAUGGUGCACUGCUCGGGAUUCUACUGAAGUCUUUAUGGAUUCGUUUGAACCAGGAGAUGGUCUUGAGCGCUGGACGAAACCGGAUUCAGAAACUCUCAAGGUGAAUAUAAAUGCUGCACUGUUUGCUGAAACAGGACGUUAUAGUUUUGCUUUCGUCAUUAGAAAUCAUAAUGGCAGCUUGUUGGAGGCUCGAACGAUGUGCAAACCAGGUGCUCCUCAGCCUGAAGUUGCAGAAGGUAUCGAUCUUAAAGAAGCUUUGAGUUGGUUACAGUAG